AUGUCUAAUUCCUUCUCUAUCUUCUCGUCCUCUUCCUCCAUUAGAAGGACACAACCGGCCGAUUCUUCAACGUCACUGAAUACCACCAGCAACAUAGCACCGGCCAGUGCAACAACUUAUGGUUGCACUUAUUGUGACAUAACCUUCUCUACCCACCAGGCCCUGGGUGGGCACCAAAAGGCUCACAAGGAGCAGCGUCAAGCGGAAAAGCGGCAGGCUGAGACCCACUACCAGGGCAUCAAUCCUCAGAACAAGAGGAGAAGAGAGGAGUAUGCAACUCAGGCUGCUACCGCAUCAGCUGCUCUGACACCUCUUAGACCUGCGGCAGGAUCCUCCCUGAAUCUUCCUCCACCAGCCUCUCAACGGGGUCAUGCCAUCAGAAGUUCCAGGUUUUUUGAAGUGCCUGAUCUGUUGGGGCCUUCUGUUGCACCCACCGCUCCUCUACCCGGUGGAGCAAGAAGCGGUCCUGCAAUAGGGCAUGAAGAAGAGAAUGCUGUGGAUUUGGAUCUUAAGCUCUAG